AUGGCAGAUGAAGAAACGCCACAGCCAGCACAACAAGCGGUACAAGUUGUACAAAUGGCACAAUCGGUCACAAUACAGCCUAUGCCUGAAUUUCGUCCCGAUGCCAAAGUAGGAGCAAGCCUCGCUACUAGAUGGAAUAACUGGCAAGCAGAUUUUGAAAUGUUCAUUAUAGCCAGUGGGAUCACUGACGCUAAACGUAAACGAGCGCUGUUAUUAUAUCAAGCAGGACCUCGUGUGAGAGAAAUAUUUAAACAAUUAGUGGACACGGGUAACGAUGAUAAUUACGAAGUCGCCAAAGCCAAACUAAAGGAAUACUUCGAUCCACAGAAAAACAGAAGAUAUGAAGUGUAUCUUUUUCGUCAAGCUAUGCAAAAAACUGAUGAGACCCUUGAUGAAUAUCACACGCGAUUGCGGACAAUGGCUGCAACUUGCGAAUUCAACGACGUAGAGUUCGAAAUCGAACAACAAAUUAUCAUUGGCGGCACAUCCUCAAAGAUUCGUAAACACGCGUUGAGAGACCCGAAAUUCGACUUGAAAGGCAUGUUAUUAGAAGGGCGAAGAGAUGAGCAAAGUUCCUAUCAGAUUAAGGACAUUGAGUCAAAAGAGUCAACCGAGGUAUAUACAAACAAACUCGAUGGGAAAUCAGCGAAAACCGAAGCGAAAACAUGUCGCUAUUGCGGGCGUGAAUAUCCGCACGUAGGACAAUGCCCUGCGAAGGGUCAGACAUGCCAUAUAUACAAACAAACUCGAUGGGAAAUCAGCGAAAACCGAAGCGAAAACAUGUCGCUAUUGCGGGCGUGAAUAUCCGCACGUAGGACAAUGCCCUGCGAAGGGUCAGACAUGCCAUUAUAUGUGGCAAAGUAAAUCAUUUUGCUAGGGUAUGCAAAAGUAAGCCGAAAGCACCGAAACAGAAUACUAGAAAACAACACAAAGGUCGGGGAAAAGCUCUAAAUCCUUUAAACCACGACGAAACGGACAAUUCUGAUGAGGAUUAUUUAUAUACGGUAAACAAAGAUCAAGCAAAUACCGCUAAAGUCAAGGUCAAAGUGGGCGGAGCGUCUUUUAUGAUGACACUUGAUACGGGGGCAACAAUUAAUGUCAUCGAUGAACAAACAUUUUCGAAAAUGGACGGUGUUAAGUUAAAGCAGACAAAUACUAAAGCAUUUCCGUAUAAUACAACACAACCUGUAAAAUUCCUUGGAAAAUUCGAGGCAGUUGUGGAAACACGCAAGCGGUUAUCUGUGGCCAUGUUCUAUGUAGUAAAAGGCCAAAAUAGUGGAAAUCUUUUGUCUCUGGCUACAGCUCAAGACCUUGGACUUAUAACUUUACAUCUAAAUCAUGUCACAACGAAAGAUGACAACCUGGACAAAAUCAUUGGAAAACAUACUAAAGUAUUUCACGGACUGGGCAAAUUAAAAGGUGAGACAGUAAAAUUAGACAUAGAUAAAGACCAAAUACCAAAAGCCCAACCUCAACGUCGAAUUCCUUAUCACAUUCGUAAAAAGGUAGAAGACGCCUUAAAAGCACUUGAGAAGGAAGACGUAAUUGAAAGGGUGCCUGAGAAUGAGGCAACACCAUGGGUAUCACCCAUAGUCGUAGUUCCUAAGAAAGAUGGGGGAGUCAGAAUAUGCGUAGAUAUGCGGCAAGCGAAUGAAGCCAUACGCCGGGUACGACACCCCAUUCCUACCGUGAACGAUGUUAGUUUUGCACUCAACGGGGCACAAUAUUUCACUAAACUUGAUCUAUCUCAAGCUUACCAUCAACUAGUGCUAGAUCAAGAAAGCAGAUUUAUUACCACGUUCAGUACUCAUGUAGGAUUAUAUCGUUACAAGCGUUUGAACUAUGGGACUAAUGCGUCCGCUGAGAUCUUUCAACAUGUCCUUCAAACAAAGCUACAGGGACUAAAUGGAGUAAAAAAUAUCGCAGACGAUAUAAUCGUGUUCGGAAAAACACGAGCUGAACAUGAUCAAAAUUUAGAUAAAUGCCUUGCCCGCUUAUCUAAUUCUGGUCUAAAGUUAAACCGAGGAAAGUGUACAUUCCUCGAAGAUAAGCUGGAAUUUUUCGGACAGAUAUUUUCCAGAGAAGGCACACGACCUGACCCGAAACGGGUAAACGACUUACUCAAUGCUCCCCAGCCUUCUAGUGUUUCUGAAGUGCGUAGUUUAUUAGGCAUGGCUAACUACAGUAGCAAAUAUAUUCGUGACUUUGCAACUUUAACUGCCCCACUUAGAGAACUAACGAAAAAGAAUGCACGAUUUACAUGGUUGCCAAAACACCAAGCAUGUUUUGAUAAAUUGAAAGCAACCUUAGCAUCAGCACCAUGUAUGUCAUACUUUGCUAAAGACAAAGAGACACUGGUCAUUGUAGAUGCUAGUCCUGUGGGCAUCUCAGCAAUUCUAUCACAACAGGAACCAGCUACGAAUGAUCCUAAAAUUGUUGCAUACGCAAGCAGAUCCCUAACAGACACAGAAACACGUUAUUCAUAAACAGAAAAGGAAGCUUUAGCAAUAGUUUGGUCUGUUGAACAUUUUCAUUUGUUUUUAUAUGGUAGCCAAUUCACUCUAGUUACAGAUCACAAACCGUUAGAAGUGAUUUAUGGAAGUCGAAAGGCGAAAGCUUCAGCAAGAAUCGAGCGCUGGAUCCUUCGACUUCAGCCAUACUCGUUUAAAAUUGUUUAUAAGUCAGGCGCAAAUAAUCCAGCCGACUAUUUAUCGAGACAUCCAAUCAACCCCAAUUCACGAAAGCAAGAGAAAAUGACCGAGGAAUAUAUUAACUUCAUUGUGCAUAAUGCGGUCCCCAGAGCCAUGACUCUGGAUGAAAUAAUAAAAGCGACCAAUUCGGACAGCACAUUAAAAGGUCUCCGUGCAGCUAUACGACUCAAGCGAUGGGACUCACCUGUAGUACAAUCCUUUAAAUCGAUAAAGGAUGAAUUGACUGUCACGUCCCAUGGAGUAAUUCUUAGAGGAACCAGAAUUGUAAUUCCAAAAUCUCUACAACAAAGAGCGAUAGACAUAGCUCACGAAGCACAUCUUGGAGUUGAAAAGACCAAAAGUCUUGUUAGAGAAAAGAUAUGGUUUCCCCAGAUGGACACCAUGGUGAAAAACACAAUAGAACGCUGUGUUGCAUGUCAAGCAGUUGGGCGAGCGAAUGCACCUGAGCCAAUAGCAACAACAAAUAUGCCAAAACACCCCUGGAGAGUUUUACAUGUCGACUUCUAUGGCCCUCUGCCAUCGAAUGACUACCUACUGGUGGUGAUUGACCGGUACUCAAGAUUUCCAGACGUGGAAAUCGUCCGUUCUACAAAAGCUUCAGUAGUGAUACCGAAGCUUGAUAAAAUAUUUGCUGUGCAUGGCAUCCCAGAAGUCUUAAAGUCAGACAAUGGCCCACCGUUUAAUGGAGAUGAAUAUAAGCAGUACUUAAAGUCACUGGGAAUCAAACCCGAGUUUUCUUUUAGUACAGAGAGUAACAAUCAGCGUACUCCAGAGGAAACAAUACAGUUUAACAUGAACGACCGUAAUAACAACAAUCGUGGUAACGGUAUGAAUAUGCACCCACGACGGUCCACAAGAGUAAGAAAGCAACCCGAAAGAUACGGACAAACAUUACCGUCUAACAUUGUUACGUGA